AUGUCUACUCAGACUGGAACUGCCUCGAGGAGGCCCAAGCUGUCUUUGUCCAUCAAGACAUCGCCGGCACCUCACACAACCAUCAACAGGUCCUUGGCCCUUGUUGAUCCCAAGUCCCCGACGACCUUCAACACCCUCUCCAAUGUCUAUGCCACCGCCAUCGGCAGGUCGACGCCUGCCCUUUCCGAACCUUUGACCGCCAUCGACGUAUCAAAAGAUCUCAUGACUCCUCAACAACGGAUCCAAACACCGUACGCCGUCUCAUAUCCGGAGACACCCUUGACGGCUCAUCCUCUAUCCCCCGCCGCAUCCAUGGAGAUUACCUUUCCAAGCACCAUGACUGCGACUCCUCCGUUGUCAGCCGGCCCCGUGGACGGUCCUCAGAUGUUUGGCUUCUCACCCAUCGACACUCAAACUCCUCUGACGGCCCUGCUGAAUGACCAACCUACGCCUCGUUCUCUCCGCAAACGCAACAACCUUACUCUUUCUGCCAUCACGCCUCCUUACACCCACCCUAGGUCCCUCCACAGCAUCCUCCGCAACUCGCCGCUCCCUCCUCCAAGCGCCAAGACCCCUAUUUCACCUCGCCGACAAUCUCUGCGCUUGCAGGAGAAGGCCGCCCGUCGUGUGGCCUACAACAGCCCGAUCGAACAGACCAUCAUCACCAACACUUAUACCAAAUCACACAUCGACCUGCUCAUCGAGGAUGCAUCGCCCGCGUCACCAAGGACGGCCCAGGAGCAGAACAGCAUUCUGGACAUCGCGCUCGCUUUCACUGGAAACGAAACCCUGGACGGAGGAAUGACACCGGGUCCCUUUGAGGAGAUGCGUCGGCGGAUGGCUGGCCUUGCAGCAAGCUCGCCCGUGGUGAGCAGUCCCGCGGUAUCCAGCCCGGCAGGCAUCAGGAAGAAGAAGAGAAAGGAAAAGAAGCGCCGCUGGGUGUGGACGAUCGGCAACCAAGAAGAGGACCCAGAGAACCUCGGCGGCGCGGUGGCGGCUUUGCGAGCGGCUGAGGCGGCUGCCAAACAGACAGAGCAACAAACCAAGCCCGCGCCUCCCUCGGUGGAGAUCCAAGCCUGCAGCGAUCUCCCGACGCCUAGCGUCGAGACGUUCGAUGAGGCUGGGGACGUCGAGAUGUCGGACACGAGCAGCGUCUCGUGCGGCCGGGGGCCAACACCCGGGGACAUGGAGGUGGACCUGUCGACGCCGACCCUGUACAAGCGUUCGGCGUCGCGCAUUGGAUCGGUGGACCUGUUCAACCCGGACACGGGGAGCAGGAGGGACACGCCGAUUCCGCCGGAUUUGGUGGUUGCAUGA